CAGCGACCCAGACAUGGCGGACAGCCCCGUGGUGACAGGGAUGAGCCACGUGGCCUCUGUCAUGUCUGGCCUGUCCCAGGGUGUCUUUAUGUCUGAGGUCACUGGGGCCCCGUUUACAGCAUGUCUCCUACCGGGGGUCCCAACACCCACCUGAUGGGUGCGGAUGCCACCUCCCAGGGCUUGGGGCUGUCCGUGGCGUCUGACCGUCACAAAUUUGCCUUCCCCGGUGGAGCAGGAGGGGAACCUGGGAGCGCCGUGGCGGGAGACAGUCUGUCCAUGCUGUCUUCUGCCGGGGUGUCAGAGGAACUGGUGCUCUCCAGCAGUCUGGACGCUGGAAGCAUCAAGAUCCCUGAGACCAAUAUGAACUUUGACCCCGACUGCUUCCUGAACAACCCCAAGCAGGGCCAGACCUAUGGAGGGAGUGCAAUGAAGACGGAGGGAAACUCUUCCUCGACGUCAUCCUCCUCCGGUGGAAGCAGUUGCACCAACGGCAGUCUGCAGCGCUCCCCCACCAUGUCAGAUAACGGCUACGCCUUCAGCUCGGCUUUGGUGAAGAACAUCAAGAUAGAAGACACGUCAUUUGAGCAGCAGCUGGCCAAAGAGAGCGGCUACCAGGUGGCGCCGGUGGUGAACUGUGGCAGCGGGGUGUCUGUGUCGUCUGGUGCUGGUUCAGGCCAUGGCAGCCUGACUCUGACAGCAGCAGGAUCCCUACUGCCUUCUGGUGGGGGUCUGAGUCCCAGCACCACGCUCGAACAGAUGGAUUUCAGUGCUAUAGAUGCCAAGCAGGACUACACUUCCAGCGCUACCGCAGUGAGCUACGGCCAGGCCAUGUCCAGUACUCACAUGCAACACCAGAACCGCUCCCCCAGCUUCUUCCUCCAGGACUCCUCUCAGAGCGGCCAGGCUCAGCAGGGGAGGCCCGGCAUGGGCCAGAAAUCACAUUUGAUGGAGCACAACACCCACGACUCUGGCGCUUACAUGGGGCUGCAGGUGGUGAAGACGGACUCCCCCGGCAGCAACGGACACCUCCACCACCAUCACCAAGCGCACCAGGCCCACCAGGCCCACCAGAACCAGCACAGGGCCAACUGUAAUGGAGGCUCACCCACAGAGGGGCCUGGCCAGGCUGGCUCUCUGCAGCUGCUACAGUACCAGGGGGGCUUUCCUGGACUGGGCGCUCCGCACGAGGAGGUGGUGGGUCUUGAGCAACAAGGCAGUGUGAGUUCAGCUCAGGCUGGAGUCACUGAGAAUGCAACUGAGAAUCUACUCAAGCCAGUAGACCACAUCCAGGCCUGUGGGGCGGGAAACGGAGAGGGCGCGGAGCACUACCUGCAACAGGGCUCGGAUGGUGGUGGAGGAGGGACUGGAGGUGCAGGAGACGGAGUAGCGAUCCAUAACGGCAACGGCGACGGCGGCAACCGCUCCCAGCAGCAGCUACAGCCUCUCCUCCAAGGGACGAGCAUGGUCCCGGGUCUCUACAACGCUGUCGGGGGCCACCAAGGCCUCGGAGGAGCGGCCAGUAACGGGGGAGCUGGAGGGACGGGCAUGGAGAUCAGUCUGGAUCACUUCGACAUCUCUUUUGGUAACCAGUUCUCUGACCUCAUCAAUGACUUCAUCUCAGUGGAUGGCAGUGGAGCCACCAUGUCAGCCGGAGGGGCUCUGUACGCUCACCAGCUAGUCACAUCCCACAGCUCCAAUAGUCAGAACGCAGGGGGUGGGGCUCCUCAGCAAGGCCAGGAAGAUGGAGGGGCCAGGGGCUCUGGCUACAGCCCCACGGAGCUCUGCCUCCAACCCUGCUGCAGCCCCCAGUCUCUGAGCGCAGGGGCCGGAGCUGGGGGGAACGCGGGAGAGCCAGGCUCGUUGUCCUACAUGAAUGUAGCAGAGGUGGUUUCUGCAGCCGUGGCCCAGGGGGCUCUGGGGAUGCUUCAGGCCACAGGGCGGCUCUUCAUGGUCACUGACUACUCCCCCGAGUGGUCCUACCCCGAGGGCGGCGUUAAGGUGCUGAUCACUGGGCCCUGGCAGGAAGUCAGCUCAAACUACAGCUGCCUGUUUGACCAGAUCUCAGUGCCGGCCUCUCUCAUCCAACCCGGGGUGCUGCGCUGCUACUGCCCAGCACACGACACAGGUCUGGUGACACUGCAGGUGGCAGUAAGUAACCAGAUCAUCUCCAACUCGGUGGUGUUUGAGUACAAGGCGCGUGCUCUUCCGUCGCUGCCGUCAUCUCAGCACGACUGGCUCUCGCUGGAUGAUAACCAGUUCAGAAUGUCUAUCCUGGAGCGCCUGGAGCAGAUGGAGAGGAGGAUGGCAGAGAUGGCCAGCCACCAGCAGUCGAGCAGCGCAGGGAGUGGCGGAGCUGGGGGAGGGACAGGGGGAGGAGGGGGAGGAGGAGGAGGAGGAGGGGGAGGCGGAGGAGGUGGAGGCAACAACAGCCAGUCGCAGUGUUUAUCUGGUCAGGCCAGCAGCUCUUUUGAGAGCCGCGUCGUUGUGGUCUGCGAGAAGAUGAUGAGCAGAGCUUGCUGGGCCAAGUCCAAACAUUUAAUCCACUCCAAGACCUUCAGAGGCAUGACGCUCCUCCACCUGGCCGCAGGCCAGGGCUACGCCACCCUCAUCCAAACACUCAUCAAGUGGCGCACCAAACAUGCUGAUAGCAUUGAUUUGGAGUUAGAGGUGGACCCUCUCAAUGUAGAUCACUUCUCCUGCACGCCCCUGAUGUGGGCCUGUGCACUGGGUCACCUGGAGGCGGCGGUGGUCCUGUACAAGUGGGACAGACGUGCCCUGGCCAUCCCGGAUUCUCUCGGCCGCUUACCCCUCUCAAUUGCCCGAUCUCGUGGUCACACCAAAUUGGCCGAAUGUCUGGAGCAGCUGCAAAGGGAGGAGCAGCAGCCACCGGCCCCUCUGCCCCCCACCCCUCGCAUGUCCUUCUCUCCAGCCCCCGACACGCCCACCACAGACAGCUGGAUGGUCAGCUGGGCGAACAACAGCGGAGUAACACCAAGUGGCAAGAAAGGGGGCCCCGCUGCCACUACGACCACAUCCAGCACCACAAGCCUCAAUCCAGACUUGAGAAGACCGAGGUCAGAGCCCUCCAACUACUACAGCAGCGAGGGCCAAAGAGACCUCCCACUGGCUAAAAAACAUAAACCCAACCCAGAACUGUUUCAGACUCGGCCCGACAAGGCCACGUCUGUCCCUCUGAGCUUGGAGCAGCAACAGCUCCACAAUCUGUCCUCCAGUCCCAGGAGCCUGUCCUCAGAGGGGCUGAGCUCGGACAAGGGCCUGUCUACGGGGGGCAGCGCGGGGUCAACCAGAUGGACCUCCAGAGAGAGUUUCUCCAGCGGCGGCAUGGGUAGGAAGUCAUCGGGGGUCAGCGGAAGCAGCAACUUGGGGAAGGAGAAGCUGGUGAACCGGUUGCGUCAACGGGAGCAGCUGGACAUGCUGGUGAUGGCCGACAGGGAAAUGGCUGAUGCGGAACUAUUAUCCUAUCGGGAGGAUCUGGAGAGCCAGGACUGUCUCACUCAGAUGGAUGACCUGCAGGCGAACAUGAUGACUCUGGCAGAGCACAUCAUUGAAGCGACUCCCGAGAGAAUCAAAAGGGAGAACUUCACCGCCGCAGACUCCGUGCCCUUAGACACGUCAGGUGUCAGCAACACCAUGAACUGGCUGGCCAACUACCUUGGAGAUGUGGAACAGCUGCCGAGCAUCAUACAUCUCCGCUCUCUCUACAAUGAACCGCUGACCUCAUCCUCCAAUCCCGCCCUCAAUCCUGCGGUGUCUCCACUGAGGGAGGGGCCUCUGGAGAGGUCUGCGCUCCCGUCCCCGGCCGACUGGAGUGAGUUCAUCACUGCCUCCAACAGCAAAGUGGAGCGGGACCUGGCCCAGCUGACUCUGUCCGACCCAGAGCAGAGGGAGCUGUACGAGGCCGCCCGUCUCGUCCAAACUGCCUUCCGCAAGUACAAGGGGCGUCCGCUCAGAGAGCAACAGGAAGUGGCUGCUGCUGUUAUUCAGCGUUGUUACAAGAAAUACAAACAGCUAACAUGGAUAGCCUUGAAGUAUGCACUUUAUAAGAAGAUGACGCAGGCCGCCAUCCUUAUCCAGAGUAAAUUCCGCAGCUACCACGAACAGAAGAAGUUUCAGCAGAGCAGGAGGGCCGCUGUGCUCAUUCAGCAGUACUACCGCAGCUACAAGGAGUUCGGCAGGCUGAAGCCCCACCAGCGGGGGGCCGCCGCUGCCCUGGUGCAGCAUAAACUAAGAGGUAGUCUGCUCACAAAGAGGCAGGAUCAAGCUGCCAGGAAGAUCAUGAGGUUCCUACGUCGCUGCCGCCACAGCCCCUUGAUGGACCAUAGACUGUUCAAGCGGGGUGAAAGAGUUGAAAAGGGCCAGGGAACAUGAGGCCCCUCAGAAGAGCUCCCUGGCGAUGUGACAUCACUCUCCUGACACCUCCUUUCUUUUUUGUUUGUACCCGAGACAUUUUACAAAGAGAAAUGGAAGUUAAAAAAAAAGAAGAACAUCAAUGCAAGCACUGCGAUUAUUACUACUACUGCAGUGUUACUGGAUCAACUACUAUUACAUGUACAACAGCAUUUUUCACAUAUCUAUUCUUUCCACUGACUUGAUUUUGAUUGCAGAGUGGCAACUUCUACGGGAUUAUAAACUAAAAGGGACGGGGGGCGGGUGGGGGGGGGGGGACAGAACAUUUGCGUCAUGGCAUUUUUCUUUGCACUUUAUUUUUUUUUCCUGGAUUGCUUUGUGUUUUUGGAGCAUAAAGAGGCUUUUGGACGGCGAGGAGAUAAAUGAAGGCCACGGCAGAAGAUCUCAGAAGACGGGGAGCCGCGCAGAAACACUCUGGCCUCUAAUUGUGUUUUAAGUGACCGAGCAAUUCAUUUGAGCAAGGAUUUUUUUAUUUAUUUUUUAAACCAAAUAUAUUGGUGACCCACACGCCCACUUCUACCCACGGCUGUAGAUGAUAUGAUAUUCAAUUUAGCUCAACGACCCCUGCUGUCCCACUGUGCUCUACCCCACCACUCUGCCCGCGCGGGUGGAGCUACGAAUGAAUGUAGUCCGGGGUUUAACCACGCAGAAGCAGAUGGGGGGGAUAAAAUAUUUUGGUUUUGACAUUUCUUAAAAAAGGAAAAAAAGGAAGGAAACCUAUGCUUUAUGGUGUAUAUUGUCACUUUAUUACUUGAAUUCGUUUCAUUCUGUCCAAUGUAUUUGUUCCAUCAUGUCCAAUGUAUUGGUGAUCUGUAUCUUCAGGCUCUAUGUUGUUGAAUCCUACCAAGAAAAAAAUGCAUGACUUCUUGGCGAGAAGAGUCUUUGCUUGUGUGCUUACGGUCUAGUCUUUCAGCCUAUCCUCUGAUUUUACUUUUUGUUUCCAUCUUAUCCCCCAUGAGUUCUAUCAUCUCGGUGUGAAGCUAUCCCCUUAUUGUCCCGUUUCUAUUGAUUUUGCGUUGAUCGGUCGAUUGAUCCUCUGAAACCGAACAGGAGAUAUGAACUUGCCUAUUUUGUGUUGUAAUGGUUCUGGUCAUGCAGUUUUAUUACUGUUGUUUUUAAAUGAACUUCGGAGCCUGUGAAGGCUCUUGAGGGGAAGAUCACAUACAUUGCCUUGACGUCUUAGAGAUUCUUUGAGGGGUCCCUAAGCGUGUCCCAAAAUAGGGGUUUGACAAAUCCAUAUUUUUGACAAUUGAGCGAUUUCUGUAUAUAAAGAAGGCUGAAAGUACGUAGGAAAAAAACAUUUACCCGAAGGGGAUUGUAUUUUAGAAAUAUAUUAUUUUAUUCAUUAAAAAUGGGUCAAAAACAGGUACGAGACAAAAACAGAAUAUUUGUAUAGUUUUGUUUGAAUGCCUAAGAAGUAUGGUUGUAUUGUUUGUAUAUAGUGUAAAUACCUGGGAUAAAAAUGAGCUAUGUGCAUGAAAAGUAUGAACAGAGUCAAAAAGGGAAAAAACAGCAAAACUAGUAGUGGCUAUGCUCUGUAAAAUUAAAACUAUUUCACUAUUAGAGUAUUUUAUUUUAUUUUGAUUGUUCUUAAGAAGAACAUUUUGCUAAAGCAUGAUAUUAUUGCAAUAUAAAAAAACAAAAAAAUACUGUAUUUAGAGUUAGGAGAUGUCUGCAUUAUCACAAAUCAAGUACGGUUAUGUUUACUUUCUUUGUUAUCUGUUUGUUUUGGGCUACCAAGAAUUUGUUGCCAAUGGUGCCGAGGUACGUGAAUGCUAUCUAGCUUAGGAAGAGAAUUAAGUUCAUUUUUUGCAGAACAGAUAAUCAUACCGUGAAAUACACACUAGCACUGAAGACCGUAACAACGCGAGUGGUCGAGGGUCUCUAGAACAACAAGGUACACACAUUGCAGGGGGAGCUUUAAGUAAGCAGAACACAUUGAAGUCUGUCACGUCUACACUAUCCCACUGAUACCCGAAGCAUUUGACCAUCACUGAAAACACAGCAGCGUUUACAUUUCAUCUUGUGUUGUCGUUACAAAUGGAAUGUGUUAUUGAGGUGUCUUGCCUGAUCUUAAAAAUUGGCAGCCUUGCCCACGAUGUAAUUUGUGUCCCUCACUGAGAAAGAUUAGAUGCACGUCUUUAACUUUACACUAACUUGCAGCGAGCAUUGAUUCAUCAAUUCUUGUCUGAUCCCUGCAAUGCACUAGUGGCAGGAUUGUCCUAGUUCAAUUUGUUUUAAUUAAAGGACGGGAAAAAAAACACAGUGGGCUAGGCUGCCAGGGUCUAAAUAGACCUUAUAUUCCUUCUAGUUGAACAACAUGUGUAGCAUACUGUACAUGAAUGGAUUUCUUUGUCAAGCAGCUGACAAGAUUUUCAAAACUAACUGUCCCGACAUUGAAAGGUGCUAAACCGAUUCUAUCUGGAAAGACGGCACUAAACGUUGCCACUUGCCUCGAUGCAGAGUCAAUGAGCCAAAAUGACUGUAGUAACUAUGUGUGAAAUAGCGCUCGGGUGCCAUUUAUUAUUAUCAGGCAUAAUAACUGUCUUCUACAUUGGAUAAACUAUAUUAAGCGUGUAUGUAUUUAUAUAUAUAUCAGUAUUGAUUGGGCUGUAGGAACCAUCUGAGAGAGAACCUGAGCUGCUGGUUCAGAGGCGCCUGGUUGCCGCCUGGUGUCACAUAAUUUAUUCCUACCACAACUACCACAAAGUGUAUUCUGUAUCGAAGUAAUGACAUUUGUUUUUUUUUAAGCCAAGUUGCCACUGAAAAAGAUGAGUUUUGUUUAUUUAAGUAUUGUCACGUUUGUUGAAUGAUUAUCAGCCUCGGCAGGUCAUAUCUCACAUUCAUUCCCUUGACUGACCGCUUGUUUUUCGUUGUUUUCCUGACAUGUAAACUUGAUUUCCCGAGUGUUUAUGUAGAAAGUGCCUAUUCAUGUCCUGAUCACGCAAGCCCGGUGUCACAAUGCGGCCGGCGCACAACCGAGGUUGAGGGAAUGUGAGAGAACAGACAGUGCUGCGUCCUCUCCGUGGACACGCACCAUCGCCGUCACCUCACACGCACCAAACGCACAACAUUCCCACCGCACACUCCAGCUUGUCUACGCGCUCGGCUCUAUUUUUGUUUUGUAUGCCUUAUUUUCCUCUUUCGUAAAGGGACAGCUUGCUGAAAUCUCACUUAGAUACGCCACUACUGGGGUUUGUUGCCUGGCGAUUGAAAUCCUCCCGGUCUGUGGGUAGAACGCAUAGCCAAUGCAACGUCGUGGUGAAAAGGAGAAGGAUUUAUUAUGCUUGCAUGGGUAAAAUAGUUAACUGGGUGACCAAACUGCACCUAAAGCAUGCUUAUUUUCCUAGAAUCUGUAGUCAGAUAGACUUGUUAUAAAGACUCACUGUUGAACGUUGGUUUUGACGUGUCACAGAACUCAGAAAGUGACUAGAGGCCUGACGGGAAACUUACAAAUGAGCCGGCGAUCGAUACUCGGCGUCGCUGCGGGAGGACGGGAUUGUUUUUAGACAAACUUUUUAGACCUUUUCUUUAUUUUUCUUCUAUUCCUUUAGAUUUGAUCAGUGUGCUCCCAACUUCAAAUAGGACAAAUGUACAUGGGUGGAGACCAUUGUCACAGUAUGUAUAGCAAGUAUUAACCAAGUGACACAACGACACACGCACAAGCACAGCGGCACACAUGCAGACGUAUCGCGGUGUCCGUUCCAUUUGUACUCUGAGCGGCAUCGCUCUCCUCCAGGCUGAGGGACAGGUUCACCCCACCCACACCCCCCCCGUCUGUAUUUUACUCAGGGUGCCAAAACGGGGAGGAAGAAGCAGAGUGGGACACGUGAUUCACAGAAGAAGAAGCUGAAAUUAAAAAAAAAAAAAAAUGUAAAAAGAAGAGGAAAUCCUUCCUGCUGUGCCCUCCGGUAAAGACAGACAGCUUCUUUAAAGUAUAAUCCAUUUCCUCCCGGUAACGUUGAUCAUUGCAGACACCGGUGGGGCCGCGGAGUAAAGUCCUGUGAUAUAUAUAUAUAGCUUAUUAAGAUAAAUGAUUUGACUUUCUGUCAUAGGAGCCUGUCAAAUCACAGUGUAACUCAGGCCGGUUCUUUAGGCCUUUAAUUUAUCUAAGUGACAAAAUGCAGAGGGUAUUUAAGAUUUAACAUUGUAGCUAUGUGAAAAGUGCACCCUGCAAAUCUUGUUUUGUACUGCCAUUUGUGAAUGGGAUGACAGGUUUAGCUUCAUACACGUUAUCUGUCUCGAAGGAUUGACCCGGGAAUCUGCCUUUCCUCCUCUUUUUCUUUUUCCCCGAGCACCUAGACCAGAGAAAGGUAGGCACAUCAGGACAACAGAACAGAAACAGUUUUACAACAUAUUCCACUUGUGGACACAGAGCAAUAAAGAACUAUUUUGUGGAGACCUAUAGACCUAGUGAAGUUUAAAACGAUUGGACACAUGUAGUCGACUUACUCUUAUGCAAAUGCCAGUAUUGCAAGACAAGCAUUCAGUAGUUUAUGGACAGCAAUUAUAUGGCACCCUUUACCGAACUGCACGUUUUCAUCAAUUCCAAACCAAGAAGAAAAAACAGGCCCUGCUUUGAUAGAAAGUUAUGGGUCCUCGACACUUUGCAUGUGAACUAGUGUUAGAUCUAUUUUCCUCUCCUCUAUAGCUGUCUUUCUCUCUGUCUUUCCUCGUUAUGUGACCCACUUUUUCUCCGCUCCCGACCCCAAACCUCGAAAGGUUCAUCUCCUCUUGGUUCUCCUAAUGUGUUUUGCUUUCCUCCUUUUUCUUCCCUUCUCUUGUUUGUAAGUUUUAUUUCGGUAAUUGUGCAUGUACAAGCGUCACUGACUCGAUGGAUAUGUUUAAAAAAAAAGGAAAAAAAAGAUAUUUCAGCUGCUGAAGCCAUGCAAAACGUUUUGAAUUGCCCUUAAAAUAUGGAAGAUGUUUUCUGAAUGCUUUAUAUUCUUUCUGCUGUAAAAUAAUAAAAAAAGGUAAAAAUGAAGAAAAACUUG